UACGCCCCUGGAAUUCUUAUGAAUCACUUACAAACAAGGAGUUCCAGUUUAAACCAUCAUUUUCUAAUUGAAAUCGGUUUCAAAUCAACAUUCCAACAUCGAGGGCGUCCAAAUCGAGUCGAAAUCAACAAGAAUUUGAGAGAAUGGACGAUCUGGAUAAACAAUUAGCUGAAUUACAACUAAUUAAUAAUGCCGAGUUACCUCCGAAUCCAUCAACUUUACAGAAGCAAAGCACCCCGGGGAAAAAAAUAGCACCCACUGUUCCCCCAAAACCGAAAAAACAACAACCUUUGGUCCCCCAUUCGUAUUCGAUCCAACAAAAUCUUGAACCUUCGUAUUCAUCGCGUUUACACAGCCCCGGUGGGGCUAAUUUUUAUUCCAACAUAACCCAAAAUGUCCAACACAGCAAAACUCCCUCGAAUUCUUCCACACUUCCUUUAGGAACGAGCAUGUCUCAAAGUAGUUUGUAUGGAAAUUCUAGUGAUCAUUACGCAAAUAUACUUGGAAUGGAACCGGGAAGUGGGCAAUAUUCAAAUUUACCACCUCCCCCUCCUCCAAUAACCCCGGCUCAAUCACAAACGGGGAGUGUUUCAGGAAGUGUUCGAGGUAGCCCCCAAACUGUGUCUACAUCCGGGUUUGGGAACACUAAUUUCGUUCCAAAAGGUUAUAAUAAGAAGCCGGAGCAAGUUACUUAUAGUAAUGUUCAAGUUGGGGGGUUCCGAGGGGGCGAACGAUCGAUUUAUAGCAAUGUUCAAGGUGUUUAUAACAACGUUGGGAGUUUAUAUGCGAAUGGAGAGGACUUACCUCCGCCUCCACCUCCGGUUCAACCAUCCAAUUUACCGGAAUACACACCAUGCACGGUUAACACCAAUUUUCCACCACCUCCGGAUGAUUUUCCACCACCUCCAUCACCUGUAAGUUCGAGUUAUAGCGAGUUACGUCGUGCUACUCAACCGAGUCAAGAUUAUAAUAAUUACGGGAUGGGUUCGUAUGGAACAUCCAGUCAGUCUUCAACGUACGAGUCAAUUUAUGAGCCGAUUAAUCCGCGCCCUUCUAGCCAAAUGUCUUCGCGUUCAAAUUACUCGUUGUACGCCCCGUACAGCGGAAGUAGCAGCCACAUGUCUGGACCAAGUCAAUCGGCCAGUCGGAUCGGAAACAAUAAAGAGCACGAAGUCGACACGUUAACUGAUUUAUUGGUGCAAGGGAUGGUUGGUGAAUCGGAAGGGGGCGAGUUUUAUGGAAUUUGUGUUAAAUGUCGAGAAAAAGUUAUUGGGGAAAAUAACGGGUGUACGGCGAUGGAUAAAAUUUAUCACACGAAAUGUUUUACUUGCAAUGCAUGCGCGAUUAAUUUACAAGGAAAACCGUUUUAUGCUUUGAGAGGGAAACCGUAUUGCAAAGAAGAUUACAUGAAUACUUUGGAGAAAUGUAGCGUAUGCACAAAACCAAUCCUCGAUCGGAUUUUACGCGCAACCGGAAAACCAUAUCACCCAAAAUGUUUUUGUUGCGUUAUUUGUGGUAAAAGUCUCGAUGGGAUUCCUUUCACUGUUGAUGCAACCAACCAAAUUCAUUGCAUUGAAGACUUUCACAAAAAAUUCGCCCCAAAAUGUUGCGUUUGCAAUUUUCCUAUUAUGCCAGAACCUGGGCAAGAUGAAACAGUUCGUGUGGUCGCAUUGGAUAGGAGUUUUCAUAUACAAUGUUAUAAAUGCGAGGAUUGUGGCUUGGUUUUAUCAUCAGAAGCUGAAGGGAGAGGUUGUUACCCAUUGGAUGAUCAUGUUUUGUGUAAAAGUUGCAAUGCAAAGCGAGUUCAAGCUCUCACUAAUAAUAUUACUACCGAGUUAUAAAUUGAUUCGAUUAAAGGGGGUACAUUCCAUGUUUUUUUAUCAUUAUUAUUAAUUUGGGCAACUUAUAUUUUACUUUUAUUAACGGUUUUUUAGAUAUUUCCUUUAUUAAUAUUAGAUUUUUUUUAGUUGGGUAUAAUAUACGUGCCAAUAUGAUGUGAUUUUUUUCUAUUUGAUAAAUGUUUAUGUAUAAUAA